UGCAGUACUUUGAACGUUGCCCAAUAAUUAACUUUCCACUAGAUAAGGAGGAAAUAAAAGAGUGAAUGGGCAAAAACUGAGUCACAGGGGAAGAGAAACAAAGUCAAAUCAGCCAAGAAAAGGAAGCAGGUUGAUUCAGCAAAAAGGAAGACAAAAAAGAGGAAGAGGAAAGCAACUGCAGUGACAGUUUUCGUGCUGCUGGAACUGAAAGCUCUCCAUGGAGGACACACAGGUGGUCAGACAUGUUCAGCUGAAUGACGGCAGGCGUAUGCCGCUGCUGGGUCUGGGAACAUGGAAGUCCUCUAAGGAGCCAUCCACCCAGGGCGCUGUGGAGACCGCCAUCGCAGCCGGAUACCGCCACAUUGACACCGCAUUCAGCUACGAUAACGAGGUGGAGAUCGGCAAAGCUCUGAAGUCCAAGAUGCAGCAGGGCAUCAUUCGCCGGGAGGACAUGUUCAUCGUUAGUAAGCUGUGGUGUACCUACUUUGCCCCAGAGGACAUCCCUGUCUGCCUCAAUAAGUCCCUACAGGAUCUGCAGCUGGACUACCUGGAUCUCUACCUCAUACACUUUCCCAUCGGCUUAAAGAGGAUGGGGGAUGAGAUUCUUCCAAGGAAGGAUGGAAAGCUUCUGACGUUGGACAUAGAUUAUGUUGACGUGUGGAGGGGUUUGGAGGCUCUGCAGGCCUCAGGAAAGGUGAAGAGCAUUGGUGUGUCCAACUUCAGCAUCCUUCAGCUGGAGAGACUUCUGGCUCUCUGCAAGGUUCCUCCUGCUGUUAACCAGGUGGAGCUUCAUCCUUACAUGGUUCAGAAAGACCUCAUUGAGUACUGCAAAUCCAAAAACAUCACACUGACGGCCUACAGCCCUUUCGGUUCACCAGAAAGGCCCCCAGAAAUGAAAAGAGAUGAAGCUGAUCCCCAAAAGCUGCUGGAAGACCCUGUGGUUGCAGAAAUAGCAAAGAAGCACCAGCGCAGCUCUGCACAGGUUCUGCUGAGGUAUCACGUGCAGCAGGAUAUCCCCGUCAUCCCUAAAAGUGACAAACCUCAUCACAUCCUGGAAAACACAAAGAUCUUUGACUUUAGCCUUACUGAGGAUGACAUGAACACCCUGAGAGGCCUGGACCGAGGCUGGAAGGCCUGCUUACUCGAGGAAAUCAAGUCCCACCCAUACUACCCGUUUCAGUGAUGCAGCUGGAGGAGUGACAGCGUGAAACUGGCCCAAAUGAUGCUCCGACCUCAACAAACUACUAUGAGCCUUUGUUUGAAAGGAAAACACACCGUGUGGGUUUGGAUUGUUUAUUACGGUAAACAAUUGUGAUGUAACAGACGGUCCAGUUGACUCUGAUUUAUUCAUUUUAAUAGCCUCAGAGACACAUCCUCCUGAUGUUUUUAUGAUUCACUCAUCUAUUCCUCUUCAUGCUGCAUUUAUUGCUGAGAGUUUUCUGUGUCGAUUUAGUCUGACAGUGUUCUGCUGACCCGUCAAUCAUCACAGACACGAAUGUCAUGCUGUGUUCUGGCUUCUAUUGUCAUUUUUUUUUUUUUACAAGAAUCUUACAUCAUGUUUGAAUCUACAAAUUUUUUCAGAUUCAUUAAAGUUCUGCUAUUUGCUUUCUUUCAAAUAAAUAAAAAAAUAAUGGUGUUAAAA